AUGGCAUCUUCUAAAGAACAUUCUUAUUCUAUAAUGCCAUCUCCUGCUGGUCGAUUACAUAUGAAUAAUGGUAAUUUAUCAGCAGAUAUUCAUCAACAAGGAAUAUAUACAUCUGAUUAUCGAACAAAAUAUGUAACAAAUGCCGUUUCACCUAUGUUAGCUUUACCAACUACUACGUUUACAACAACAACAACAACAACAACGGCUAAUGAUAGUCAACAUAAUAAUAUACAAUAUCAAAAAAUAGAAAAUAUCGAUUUAUCAAAAAAAGUUUUUAUUGAUAGACAAAUUAAAAAAGCGAAAUCAUUAUCUGGAUUAAUCAAAGGUACUGUUUUAUCUCGUCAUGCACCUCUUCACCCAUCACCAAAUACAGAUUCAACAACUUCCAAUGGUUCAACAAAUAAUCUUCAUGAUAAUCUACCUACGUCUACUGUAACAAAUAAUGAAGAAGAUUCUACUACAACACAUCAACAACAUGAACAAAAUAAUGAAACUCGUCGUCCUCGAGUUUCUUUUUCUCAAUUUCAUAAAGUACAAUAUUUUGAAGAUAACACUCGACAGCAUCGUCAUCGAUAUCGUUCAGCAAGAAAAGCAAGUGCUGUUAUUGGUAAUAAUCAUAUAUCACCAGUAUCAACUCAACAUUCUGAAUUAUCUAAUCCUUCUUAUCGUCCAUUGUCACGUCAACAAUUAUUCGGACAAGAAACUACUAUUAAAAAACAACAACUGACUGCUUCACCACGUGGAUAUUCAUCUCGUACAACACAUUUACCAGAUAUAAUAAAUGAAACUCCAAUACAUGAAAAAUAUGUUUUACAACGUGAAAAACCUUUACUUGAAAUACCUGAACCAGCAGCAGAAAUUCCAAUCAAUUCUGGUCCGGAUGGAUCUCGUGAGAGUAGUCGAGCAGGUACUAUUCGUCCAUCAGUAAUGCAAAGUUAUACAGAUCAAAAUUAUAAACAAGAAACAAAUGAUAGAGGUCUUAAAACAUCACUUAGUAAUAGUUCAACUACUUCUCUAUUAGGUAAUCGACAACGUUUACCUCUUCAUACAUUAUCUCUUCGACAACAAUUUACUUCACCUACUACUAGAGCAAAAACAACAAAUGUUUCAAAUAAUCAUCAAACAUUAACAAGUUCACGUCGAUCAGAGUCACUUAAAUAUUCAUCAACAAAUUUGCAUUCAAAUGAUGAUAAUUCUAAUGAAAUAAAUGAUACGGAAUUAUUAUCAGCGUUUGGACAUCGUCCCAUGACAGGAAUAAGUUCGUCAAAACAUUUAAAACGUAAUUAUAUUAUACAUUUUGAUUCAAAAAAUUCAUCUAAUGAAUAUUCAACAACAAAUGAUUCAACAACACCAGCACGUUUUCAUAAUGUUUUAAAAUUUGUUCGAUCACCUUAUUUAACAAGUAUACUUAAUCCUAAUCAUGAUUCAAACUUACAAACUACUAUGAAUAAUGCAAAUGGUACUAUUCGUUCAGCACAUAUAAACAAUGACCAUGGAUCAUCUGAAUUUCAUAGUAUAUCAAAUACAAUUGUUGUAUAA